AUGUUAGCACGGGGUAGUCGGCUGCUCCAUUGCGGUACUACAUUUGUUAAACAGAAGUCUCCAUGCUGCUGCGUUAGGUAUUUUAGUGCCGCGGUAGAACAAAGAGAUCCAGACGAUCUAUUCAACUACACCUCCGGACGCUGGCUCUAUAAUGAAGAGCUUCGGCUUGCUGAGCGUCGCCUGCCUUUCAAUGUUGAGCAAUUGAAGCGCGUUGCCGCGGAGGCCAUUGGGCACAAAGAGCAAGAUGUCUUUGGGAUAAAAAAAUUUGCUGAGGGUGGCUUCAAUCGUAUUUUUGAAAUUUCCAUGCAUGAUGGGCUGCAGGUGCUUGCUCGCUUACCAUACCCUUUUACACUUCCAAAGAAAUAUGCCACAGCCAGUGAAGUUGCUACAAUGGACUUUGUGCGGCAGCACAAUGUCCCAGCUCCCAAAGUUUUUGCAUACUCUGCCACAAACAAGAAUGACGUCGGCGUGGAGUAUAUCAUAAUGGAAAAGAUGCAAGGUCUGCAGGCGGGCGAUGUCUGGUACACCAUGACUGACGACCAGCGAAUCAAACUGAUUCGUGAACUUGUGACCUUGGAAGCACGGCUGUUUUCAAUUCCUCUCCCGGCGAGCGGAAGUCUCUUUUAUGCAAAAGAUCUAGAUCCCAGAAUGAAGCGAACUGAGAUUGGGGAUGGCUUUUGCGUUGGCCCCGAUGUGCAGGAUCGUGCGUGGCUGGAUGAACGAUCAGGGCUCCAGAUUAAUCGCGGCUCAUGCGAGACCUCCGAAGAAAUUCUUUGCGCCGGCGCAGAGAGAGAACUCCUAUGGGCAGAGAAAUAUGCCAAACCUAGAUAUCCCCUUGAGCCUAUGUAUAGAGAGUCCUAUAAUUAUGAAAAGGUCUCACCUGCAGAGCAUAUUGAGAACCUUAAGAACUAUCUGAAGAUUGCUAAGCAUCUUGCACCAUCACAAGAGAGCUAUCUCAACCGCCAUACCCUGCGGCAUCCUGAUCCUCAGCCUAAUAAUAUCUUGAUCUCUGAAUCCUUUACCAUAAAUGGCUUGAUAGACUGGCAGCAUUGCUUGAUUCUCCCUCUUUUUCUGCAGGUAAAGCCUGCUAAGCACUUCCAAAAUUAUGGAGACGAAGAAUCUGAAAAGUGUAUUAAACCUGAACUCCAAAAAGACUUUGACCAGCUGAAUUCCAAUGAACAGGAUGUUGCUAUGGAGCUAUAUCGCCGACGUCAUACACAUUAUCACUAUAUGUCCAUAUCAGAGGAGCUAAAUAAGGAUAAUGUUAGAAUAUGCACGCAUCCAAUGAUAGUGUUGAAGCAGAAACUUUUUGAACACUCCUCAACCCCUUGGGAGGGAACUAAUGUCACUCUGAAAAUAGAUCUGAUGACAGCAAGGCAAAUGUGGCCAUUCCUUCUAAGGGAGUCUGAACUUGCAACCUUUGGAUCUUCAUGUCCUUUGAAUUACGAACAAGCAGAAAUCGACAAGUAUCUCAAACUACAUGAAGAGCAAGAAGAGUCUGACAGGCACAUGAAGGAAAUACAAAUGGGCUUUGGCAUGGCUGAAAAUGGGUGGGUGCCCCUGGAUAUGUAUGAGGAUGCAAAGGAAAGGUGCAAGACCUUGAAAUCAGUAUUGUUGGCUGCUGUAGAGCCAGGGGAGAGGGCUAUGGUUGAGAAGCAUUGGCCUUUCGAUAACAGGGACGAGGAUGAAUAA